CAAAACAGAGCUAUGUUUCAUUCAGAGUUACGUGUGAUAUUAAAACAGUGGUCAUUUCUUCCCUUUCGGAGAGACAUUUAAUAUAUUUUAGGGAACAUACUUCCCUAGGAAGGAAGGCGCUCACUCAGACUCAAUCCUGUAGUUUCUCUGGCAUCAGGUCUUAGAGAGGGGCUGGCACAGAGACCAGAGAACACUGCUGAGGCCUUUCUGCCGCGGCUGGCUUCUGCCUCAUGCUCCCGCCGCGGACCGCUGAGAACAGCAGCUGAAUCUGUGGGUGGCAGGCCCCGCUGUCUGUGAAUCAUCCAUUUAUUUUUAUUCAUCUAACUUAGCUAUUUAUUUAGUUUCAUGGUUAAUUGUUUUACAUUUCAUUUGGGGGGAGAUAAGUAAUGGCAUUCUCCUUUUUCAAAUUUCAAACAAUAAAAAAGGCAGUUUUCGGUCAGUGAUACGAUGGCAUGUGUUACCUGAACCCAAAACUGAUGUGAAUUCCAAAAUUACAGAGGCCUUGGAUGAAAAGGGGAAUUUCCUUCAUACUCUUCCCCUCCCCCUCCACGCUUGUUCUCGUGUGUUCUUCAGAGAUACCGUAUGUGUAUGUGUACACAAGCAAAGUCUCCGUUCCCUCCAGUCUGUAAAUACUGUAUGUUGUUCUGCACGUUGCUGUUUUCAUUUAUGUCUUGGAGUUUAUUAUUUAUUGGUAUACAAAGAGCUUUUGCCUAUAAGAGCUGUUUAGUUUUCCUUUUGAUGAAUGAACCAUAUUUUAUUUAACUGGUCUCCUGUUCAUGUUUACUGUUGCAAGCAUUGCGGCUGCCGGUAACUAUACGUGUGCCAUUUAUCACACAAACGAGGGCUUCUGGGGAUCGAAGUCCUAAAGUGGUAUCUCUACGCCAGAGAGUUUGUAUAUUUGUAAUUUUGAUAGAUACUGCCAAAUUUCCUGUGGAAUUAUGCCAGUUUAUAGGCCCACCAGCAGUGCAUGAGAAUAUCUCUCUGCCCACACCUUGCCUACGAGGCUCUUAGCAGACCUAAGGACGGUCGCCAGUCCGCAAGAAUCCAGAAUAUUGGAGAACAAGGUCAUAUAGCUUUGCUGGGGCAUAGUCUGGGAGCUUAUAUUUCGACCCUGGACAAAGAGAAGCUUAGAAAACUUACGACCAGGAUACUUUCAGACACUACAUUAUGGCUAUGCAGAAUUUUCAGGUAUGAAAAUGGCUGCGCCUAUUUCCACGAAGAAGAAAGAGAAGGACUUGCAAAGAUCUGCAGGCUUGCUAUUCAUUCUCGUUAUGAAGACUUUGUAGUGGAUGGUUUCAAUGUGUUAUAUAAUAAAAAACCUGUCAUAUAUCUUAGCGCUGCUGCUAGGCCUGGCCUGGGCCAGUACCUUUGUAAUCAGCUCGGGUUGCCCUUCCCCUGCUUGUGUCGUGUGCCAUGUAACACUAUGUUUGGAUCCCAGCAUCAGAUGGAUGUUGCCUUCCUGGAGAAACUGAUUAAAGAUGAUAUAGAACGAGGAAAACUGCCCCUGUUGCUUGUAGCAAAUGCUGGAACUGCGGCAGUAGGACACACAGACAAGAUUGGACGUUUGAAAGAACUCUGUGAGCAGUAUGGCAUAUGGCUUCACGUGGAGGGUGUGAAUCUGGCAACCUUGGCUCUAGGUUAUGUCUCCUCAUCAGUGCUGGCUGCAACCAAAUGUGACAGCAUGACAUUGACUCCAGGUCCAUGGCUGGGUUUGCCAGCUGUCCCUGCAGUCACCCUUUAUAAACACGACGAUCCAGCCUUGACUUUAGUUGCCGGUCUUACAUCAAACAAGCCAGCAGACAAACUCCGUGCCCUGCCGCUGUGGUUGUCUUUACAGUACUUGGGGCUUGAUGGGAUUGUGGAGAGGAUUAAGCACGCCUGCCAGCUGAGUCAGCGGUUACAAGAAAGUUUGAAGAAAGUGAACCACAUCAAAAUCUUGGUGGAAGAUGAGCUCAGUUCUCCAGUUGUGGUGUUCAGGUUUUUCCAGGAAUUACCAGGCUCAGAUCCAGUGCCCAAAGCCAUCUCCGUGCCCAACAUGGCACCUUCAGCAGUCGGCCGGGAAAGACACUCCUGUGACGCCCUGAAUCGCUGGCUGGGAGAGCAGCUCAAACAGCUGGUGCCCACGAGCGGCCUCACGGUCAUGGACCUGGAAGUGGAGGGCGUGUGCAUCCGGUUCAGCCCUUUGAUGACCGCGGCAGUUUUAGGCACCCGGGGAGAGGACGUGGAUCAGCUCGCGGCCUGCGUCCAGAGCAAGCUGCCGGUCCUGACCUGUACACUGCAGCUGCGGGAGGAGUUCAAGCAGGAGGUGACAGCAACGGCAGGUCUCCUGCACGUCGAUGACCCGAACUGGCCUGGGAUAGGGGUUGUCAGGUAUGAACAUGCUAACGAUGACAAGAGCAGUUUGAAAUUAGAUCCAGAAGGAGAAAAAAUCCAUGCUGCACUCCUGAAAAAGUUAAAUGAACUGGAAUCCGACCUUACAUUCAGAAUGGGCCCGGAGUACAAAAGCAUGAAGAGCUGCAUCUACGUUGACAUGGCGAGUGACGAUGUGGAUAUUUCGGAACUGGUAGAGACCAUUGCAGUCACAGCCCGAGAAAUUGAGGAGAACUCACGGCUUCUAGAAAACAUGACAGAGGUGGUUCGAAAAGGGAUCCAGGAAGCCCAGGUUCAGCUACAGAAGGCAAACGAGGAGCGGCUUCUGGAAGAGGGGGUGCUGCGGCAGAUCCCCGUCGUGGGGUCCGUGCUCAACUGGUUUUCUCCGGUACAAGCUUCACAGAAGGGAAGAACCUUUAACUUAACAGCAGGCUCCCUGGAGUCCACGGAACACACCUAUGUCUACAAGGUACAAGGCACGGGCGUCACACCCCCGCAAACCCCCUCGGGCACGCGCACGAAGCAGAGACUUCCAGGCCAGAAGCCUUUCAGGAGGUCCCUGAGAGGUUCCGACGCUCUGAGCGAGACCAGCUCGGUCAGCCACAGUGAGGACCUGGAGAAGGUGGAGCAGUUGAGCGGCGCGCCCGAGCCCGACGCCCAGGAGCCCGGCAGCCCCGAGCCCCCUCCCAGCACUCGCGCCCCGCAGGACGCCGAGCAGACGGGCGCCCUCCGGAGCGGGGCCCAGUGCCCGGAAGACGACCGUCCACAGGUAGAAGAACCGGAGAGCUUAAGAUAAAAGUCAGUGUUGUGCUUGGAGACUGUAGUAUCGUUUCAGGGAAGAAGUUCUACUGACAAUGUGAACCGUGCCACGUGCUAAUGCGAGAGAAAUGACUGUUUUUGUGCGGAACUGGCAUUUUUGCGCACAUCCGUGCUGAAAGCCAGACUUUUUAGAAGGGCAGUUGAUUGUCUCAUUCCAUGGGUCUGUGGAGCAACUCCUGUCGUUUCUGUCUGCCCCGCUGUAGUUCACACCGGUUUCCCCCGUUACAUAAACACUUUGAUUCACAACACUUAGAGCUCAAGAGCCCGCCUCUUGGAACACUCGCGCUCACCUUUCUAGAUCCAAGUGUAAGACGCUGUAUGCGGUUACGUGUAACUCUCCGCUGAGGCCGCUUUCGUUAGAGCGCGCUGGGCUCGCGCCGCCCCCGGGGACAGCGGGCGGGGCGGAUUCGGCUCGAAGGAGACAGGGAUUCAGUGGGAUGGUGAGCGAGCCCGAGCCUCCCGUGCCCGCUGCUGCUUCCCCGGGGCUGUGGGGGCCAGGAGCCCCCCCGCCGCAGGUCAUUUCUCCCUUUAUGUACUAUUUGUAAACACAUUAAAGGACUAUCUAUGAAGAGUAACUGUAAAACUCUUGACCAUAUAUAUGUAUAUUUUUAAAUAUGGGUAAAGCUUUUAAAUUGGCACACAGGUGCAGGCUGUGCUCAUUUCUACGUUUAAUAUCUGAAAACCUGAUAGAGAUGCUCCUCUUAACCAAUGUGAACUACGUUCCAAUUCUAGAACAAGUAGAUCUUUGACCCGGUUGACAUGGGAGCUUCUGUGGCUUCUCCCCACUAGCACCUCCCCUCUUUGGGCCCAACUCAGAAACAAGAACCAGUGACGUCCCUUCGCUCGGGCUGGUCAAGCCAGACCACUGCGGAAAUAACUAGAAGUAAGCCCUUAAUUACUGCCCGUUUCUACUUCUCCAGAAUUACCGCAUCUCUUCAUUUAUCCUAGGUAAUGGCCCCUGUGCCUUUAGUCCAGCCAAGUCAAGCUAUGGCCGCCUCAAGGUAGUGGGGAUUCACACUGGGUUUGUAGACUGUCCUGUUGGAAGCCUUAGUUAUACCGUAUUAAGCCUAUAAUUAGACUCUGGAUGUGAUCUCUGACAUUUGGCACUUGUCAACAUGUUUUUUUUUUUGUGCAGAUGAUUAAAGUCUUCCCUGUUUAUUUGGUGCAAUGAAGUAUAGCAGAUAAAAUGGGGAAAGGGAAAAUUAUCACCUUUAACAAGAUUAAUUUUUAAACGUUUUUAUAUAUAUUUGGAAUUGUUAAAUUGGUUUUGCUGAAACGAUUUCACCCUUAAGACACUAUUUGAAUGUUGGUUUCAAUAAAGGUUCUUGAAAUUGUUA